AUGAGCCCAGGAAUCAUGACGACCAAGGAGGUUUAUCUGCUGCCGCUCAACGACGACGGCUCGCCGCAGGUCGCGGGCGAGUACAUCUACCUCGAUCCCAACGGCGAUGACCCAAUCACCAUCAGAUUUGCCAUCGAGGGCACGUCGUCCAUCUGCCGCAACGGCAGCCUUUGGGUCAACAUCCCCGAGCAGGGGGCCGAGUUCAGGCGCGACAAGUUCCGCGAGUACAAGCUGACUCCCGACUUCAACCGCACUCUCGAAAUCUCCAUCCCCAUCUACGAGUCCGGCGUCUUUGCCUUUUACACCACCUAUGCCCCGCUGCCGAACCUCGACCCCGACGACGUUCCAAAGUCGGCCGACAAGGAAGAAGCGCUGAAAAAAACCUCGGUGUACUAUAUCGAUGUAGCCCCUCGCCUCAAGCUGGAUGGGCGUCCAUUGCCCCUUCCUGCGCUGUCGCUCUUCUCCAUCAUCAGCAAGCUCAUGGGCCGCUUCCCUGGCGAUUGGGAGCGGCACCUGCGGGGCAUCAGCGAGAGGGGAUACAACAUGGUGCACUUCACGCCUCUGCAGAUUCGUGGCAGCUCAAACUCCCCCUACAGCUUGUAUGACCAACUGGGCUGGGAUCCCGCCUGUUUCCCCAAGGGCGUCAAAGAUAUCGAGCAAUUGGUCGAGCAUCUUGAACAAAAGUACUCUCUGCUGAGCUUGACAGACAUUGUCCUCAAUCACACUGCACACAACACAAAGUGGCUAGAGGAGCAUCCCGAGGCGGGCUACAAUUUGACCACAGCCCCGUGGCUGGAAUCUGCCUAUGAGCUUGAUACAAAGCUGCUAGAGCUGAGCGGCAAGCUCGAGUCUUUGGGACUGCCUGUCGAUAUCAAGAACACAGAGGACCUUUUGGAGGUUAUGGAAGGAAUCAAGAAGCAUGUGAUCCUUGAGCUUCAGCUAUGGGAGUAUUAUGCCAUCAAUGUCGAACGAGACGCCGACCAAAUCGUAGAGGCUUGGAUCAGUGGCAAGACCUCCCCUCCUCUAAACGGUUCUGCUACAAUAAACGACUUCGAACACCUCAAGACGGCAGGACUCGGCGAUCAUGUAGCCUUUAUCAAAGAGUAUGCUCUCAGAGGCACAGACCGUCUGGGAGAACGAUUCAGGCGAAGAAUCGAGCCCAGUGUUGCAGCCACCUCGUUGGCGUUUCACUUUGGCCGAUACGAAGGCGAAGCUACUCAGUCGGCCGACAAAGCAGCUGCCAAGGCCAAGGCGGUCGAGAUUCUGGACGCUAUCAAUGUUGACUUUUAUGCGGAAUACGAUAAAGACCUAAACCAAAUUCUAGAACAACUCUUCAAUCGCAUCAAGUACGUUCGCCUAGACGACCAUGGGCCGAAGCUGGGUCCGAUUAACGAGGCCAACCCCCUCAUUGAGACAUACUUUUCUCGACUACCAGUCAACGAAACAACCUCGAAGCUCACUCCAGGAGAAAGAGCUCUGGCCAAUAACGGCUGGGUAUGGGGUGGUAAUGCGUUAGUAGACAAUGCUGGCCCGGAUUCUCGCGUGUACCUGAAACGAGAAGUCAUUGUCUGGGGAGAUUGCGUCAAACUCAGAUAUGGAGCUGGCCCGGAGGACAGCCCGUGGCUAUGGGAUCAUAUGACAAAAUAUGCCCGGAUGCUGGCCAAGUAUUUUGCAGGCUUCCGUAUCGACAACUGCCAUUCAACCCCCAUUCACGUUGCGGAGCACAUUUUGGACGAGGCAAGAAGAGUUCGACCAAACCUUUACGUCGUUGCCGAGCUCUUUACUGGGUCUGAGGAGAUGGACUAUGUGUUUGUGAAACGACUCGGUAUCAGCUCACUCAUUCGAGAAGCCAUGCAGGCAUGGAGCACGGGAGAGCUCAGCAGGCUUGUUCACAGACACGGUGGCCGCCCUAUAGGUAGCUUUGAGGUUGAUGAUAUCUCAAAGUCUGAUGUGACUACGCCAUCAGAUGUAAAGGGAAGUACAGAUCUUACAAGAGAGGUUAUUAGGAGGAUUAGACCCUCGCCAGUCCACGCCUUAUUCAUGGACUGCACUCACGAUAACGAGCCACCCGCUCAGAAGCGCGAUGCGCGAGAUACGCUGCCCAACGCUGCUCUCGUCAGCAUGUGCUCUAGCGCAACGGGAAGUGUCAUGGGCUAUGAUGAAAUUUAUCCAAGACUGGUUGAUCUCGUAAACGAGAAGCGUCACUACACGUCUGAAGCCUCGAGAACUUCAUCAAUCAAGAUUGGGAGAGGAAAGGGAGGCAUUGCUAGUAUCAAGAAGCUCCUGAACCAGAUUCACACCCUGAUGGGUAAAGAUGGCUAUAACGAAACCCAUAUUCACCAUGAAGGCGAAUACAUCACUGUACACAGGGUGCAUCCAGAAUCCAGAAAGGGUUACUUCCUCAUUGCCCACACUGCGUUCCCAGGAUACGGCAAUGGAAGAGGAGAAUUCAACCCAGUUCUUCUGACAGGAACCCGAGCCAACCAUCUGGGUAGCUGGAUGCUCGAGGUUGACGACAGAGAAGAGACGGUCAAAACCGUUCUGGAAGAUACUAAAUUCCUUCGAGGUCUUCCCAGUCAGGUUGUGGAUGUUCCUGGAAUCAAGAUGGAGUACCACGGCCAAGAUACUACCAUCUCAGUUCGCGACAAGUUCCCUCCUGGCAGCAUUGCCCUCUUCGAAACCUGGAUUCCAACUGCAGAGCACUCUACUGGUUUGGAUAACUACGUAACUUCUGGUGCCAAACAGGCGUGGGCUAAUCUGAAUCUGAUUGAUCUCAACUUUUUGCUGUACCGCUGUGAGGCAGAGGAGAGGGAUGCCAGCGACGGGCAGGACGGAGUAUAUGAUAUUCCCGGCCAUGGAAAGCUCGUUUAUUCUGGUCUCCAAGGAUGGUGGAGCAUUCUUGAAGGAGUAAUUCGCGACAAUAACCUCGGGCAUCCAAUCUGCCAAAACCUGCGAGACGGUUCUUGGGCUCUAGAUUACAUUGUGGGCCGAAUUCAAAAGCAGAGCCACUCGCCGGGCAGCGAAGGCCUCUCGGGACCUGCAGCCUGGCUUCGAGAACGGUUCGAAGCCGUCAGGGCUAUUCCAAGCUUCUUACUACCCCGAUAUUUCGCACUUGCCAUCCGCACCGCAUACAGAGCUAGUUGUGAUCGAGCAUUGGAGCUAAUGAACGACCAUGUUGCCAAGGGUCAAUGGUUCCUCAGCAGCCUCGCUAUGGUUAGCGUACAGCAAACUGGACUUAUCAAGUCUGCCUCCCUGUGGCCAGAUAAGCAGGUACCUUCAAUUGCCGCUGGCCUCCCGCACUUCGCCGUGCAAUGGGCCAGAUGCUGGGGCCGGGACGUCUUCAUCUCUAUUCGGGGAUUGUACCUCGGAACUAGCCGCUUUGCUGAAGCGAAGGAGCAUAUCCUUGCAUUUGCUAGCGUUUUGAAGCACGGCAUGAUUCCAAAUCUUUUGAGCAGCGGCGCUGCACCACGAUACAACUCGCGAGAUUCAGUGUGGUUCUUCCUCCAGGCUAUUCAAGAUUAUACUCGCCUUGCACCAGAGGGGCUCGAUUUGCUCAAGGUAAAGGUAAGGCGACGCUUUCUACCAUAUGAUGAUACUUGGUUCCCUGUAGACGACCCGCGAACCUACUCCAAGGAGAGUACGGUCGAGGAGAUUAUACAGGAGGCUCUCCAAAGGCACGCCUCGGGAAUGAAGUAUCGCGAGGCAAAUGCCGGACCUCAAAUCGACUCACAGAUGAGAGACGAAGGCUUCAACCAAGAGAUCAAGGUCGACUGGGACAAUGGACUUAUCUUUGGCGGCAACCAGUUCAACUGUGGCACUUGGAUGGACAAGAUGGGCGAGAGUGACAAGGCUGGGUCCAAGGGUGUUCCUGGCACUCCUCGCGAUGGUGCUGCCAUUGAAAUCACGGGUCUUCUUUAUAGCGCUUUGAGAUGGGUAGAGCAACUUCACAAGCAAGGAAAUUUUGCUCAAUCGGGCGUCAAGACCGCCGAGGACAAGCCUGUCUCAUGGACGCAAUGGGCCGAUCUCAUCAAAGCCAACUUUGAGAAGUGCUACUACGUACCUCACACUCCUGAAGAGGAUGCAAAGUAUGAUGUUAACCCCAGUGUUAUUGGUCGCAGAGGUGUUUAUAAGGACCUGUACAAGUCUGGAAAGGAGCAUGAAGAUUACCAGCUUCGGCCAAAUUUCGCGAUUGCCAUGACUGUGGCAACAGAUCUUUUCGACCCCAAGCAUGCAUGGCAGGCUCUAUGUCUUGCAGAUUCGGCGAUCCGAGGACCUACAGGUAUGGCGACCUUGGAUCCAGCAGACAAGGACUACCGUCCAUACUACCGCAACAGCGAAGACAGCCACGAUUUCGCAACAAGCAAGGGCCGAAACUACCACCAGGGACCAGAGUGGCUGUGGCCAACGGGUUUCUUCCUCCGCGCACUGCUGAAGUUUGAUCUUCAGCGGAGAAAGACUCCCGCCGGCAGGACUGAGGCAUUCCAGCAAGUGACUAGAAGACUGGCUGAGUGCAAGCGGAUGAUUCGGGAAAGCCCGUGGGCGGGUCUGACAGAGCUUACGCAAAAGAAUGGAGAGCACUGUCCUGAUUCUAGCCCAACGCAGGCAUGGUCUGCUGGCUGCCUCAUUGACCUAUACAUGGAUGCUAUGGAAGAGCAGGAAGCUUUGAAGCAAUGA